UUCAUUUCUAGUCUUGGUCAUGGUUUGCUUCUUCCAUUAUUACUGUUUACAAGAUCCAGAAGUUCUGCAAAAUCAAAUUCUAAUCCUCUUUCCUCUUCCACUACCUUGAUGAACCUCCUCUGUUUGAUUGCACUUGUAAGGUGAAUCUUCUUUUACACUUAGCCCAAGUUUGUAUGUGUUGAUCUGUCUACAAAAAGACAUGGAUGCUUGUUCUGAAGAUGUGAUCAACUGUUUACCAGACAAUCUCCUUUGCCAAAUCUUGUCCAACUUGUCUACAAAAGAAGCUGCGUUGACUUCACUUCUCUCAAAAAGAUGGCGGUAUCUGUUUGCUCUUGUGCCAAACCUUGAUUUCGACAGCUUUUCCUCUCUACAUCAGGAUCAUACGAGUUUUAUAGAUUUUGUGGAUAGAGUGUUGAAGUUACGAGGAGAAGAUCGUGUUAACAGGUUCACUCUAAAAUGUGGAGAUGGUUUUGAGGAUGAAGACGUGUAUCCUUGGAUAUCAAACGUGCUGAGACAUGGUGUAUCAGAUCUUUCUCUACACGUCUCUUCCUCAUUGGUUUAUUGGUUGCCUUCAAAGGUUUUUGCGAGUAAGACACUGGUUAGGCUGAAGAUAGGACCUGAAAAUGGUCCUAAAGUUAAACUGAAAAAUGUUUGUCUUCCAAGGCUCAAGACUCUGAUUCUAGACUCAGUUGUGUUUGGAGAGGGUGAGAUUGGUUUUGCAAAGCUUCUAUCUGGUUGUCCUGUGCUUGAGGAACUAAGUUUGUGUAAUCUUGAGUGGGGUUAUUGGGGUUCUUGCUCUGUGGCUUCUAAAAUCCUCAAGAGACUAACGCUAUGUUGUGCAGACUGUGAUGAAAAUCCAAAGAGGGUUUCAUUUGAUACUCCAAACGUUGUUUACUUCAAAUAUUCUGAUAAUAUUGCGCAGAAGUAUCCAAAGCUGAACUUUGAUUCGCUGGUUAAUGCUAGUAUCGAUAUUCGGAUGACAAAUGAUCAGAAAGCAAAUGUCAGAUAUGUAACUGAUCAUGAUGAGGAAAGAGAGAUCAUUGGUAAUGCAACAGAGCUUCUUAUGGGCAUAUGCAAUGUGAAGAUCCUUUACUUAUCUUAUGACACCCUUGAGACACUUAAUUUUUGCUGUGAAGCAACACCGGUGUUCAACAACUUGACUCAUCUAACUAUUGAGAGUAAUCAAGAAGUAGGAUGGGAAUCAUUGCCAAACCUUCUCAAGAACUGUCCAAACCUUGAAACUCUUGUCUUCCAAGGACUCAUUCACAAAGCGACGGAUAAAUGCGGGGAUGUGUGCUUGUGCAAAGGUUUGCAGAAAAGCUCUUCUUCCCUAUCACAUUGUCCGGUGAAGUUUCUUAGGAUAUUGAAAUCUGGUGAAGCCUGUGAUGGUGAUGACGAUAUGAACAUAGAGAUGGAAAUAAUCAAGCAUUUCUUAGAGAAGAUGUUGAAUCUUGAACAGAUCAUAAUAUACUACAAUACAUCAAUCAAAGAUGAUCUGAUUGAAGUAUCAAGACAACUACAGAUGCUUCCUCAAGUAGCUUCAUCCAAGUGCAAGAUCCAAGUAAUCUCUGAUAGCCUCGGCUCAUCACUUAUGGCGCCAUGCCUCCUUUACCAGUAGGAACCUAUGGAUAUCUCUCUUGGAAACAAGUCUAUGUAGUUACUAAAAGAAUCUAAAAACUCAAAAUCAAGAUUCUCUUGAUUCUACUUUGUUGAUUGCAUAAUAAUAACAAAUGCUAUGUUUCAGAAAGUUUAUUAUUAUGAGUGAAUGGAAAAUCAGC